CCAAAAACCCCUACAGCAAAGCUGUGCCGGGGUCUGGGGUCGCUGAGAAUCAGUGUGGGCGGGAUCAACGGUUUCCUCUGCACUCAAUGCAACGCAAUAGGAUGGCGAACAACCAACCAGAGUGAUGAGGAAUGAUUACGUAUUGCAGCGCGACAGGAAGUACUUGGUAGAGUGUAGGCAGUAGGAAAUAGAACGAAUGCCAGGCCAGCGAGCGUUUUCUCUACGGGCUAAUGUCAGAGUGAGAGGAAAGAUUUACCAACUAGCACUCCAAUCUGCUAUUGUAGAGACUGCACGCGAACUACGUGAACAUGGAAGUGAAUGAUUGUUGCCGUUUUUGCAACAAAAAUAUGCGAAUAUCUGGCGUGAUUUCUAAUUCAGCACUUAUCUUUGACAGCCAGAAAGAAAAACAAACCAUUGCUGACAGAUUAAUGCAGGUUGGCGUGUCGGUGUUGAAAACACAGACAAAAUCGAACAGAAUUUGUAGGCCUUGUGUGCGGUUACUAACGAGAAUGGAACAGGACCUGCCGGUGUUCCGAAGAUGGGUGCAGGAGGAGGGAGCAUCCACCACGACUUCAGAUACCUCUGGUUCUACACAGAAACGUGACCGCGAGCCGACUCCAUCCAAAACACCAAGGGCAUUGAAAAAGUUCUGUGAUAAACCAGCAAGUCCGGGAAAAGGGGCUGCCGUUCGUGUCAACAUCGCCCAGGUCAUUUCUGAUCAAGAGGUGCACAAAUCUGAGAAUGCUUUGUUGGUGAAACAUAUCAUGAACAAAAAAUGGAAAGCAGCGGCCAAACUAAUCAUGAAGCAUGAGGAGCUUUCACAGGAAGUGAAGGCCAGCAUCCUUACAGUCAUUGAAAGUGAAUCCAGAGCACUCUGCGACCCCAGCAAGAAAUGCAUGUUGUGGAGGUCUUCACCAGAAGAUUUGAGUUCUUUCUCAUUUAGCAGCCUGGAGUCAGACCUGCAGCGCCUCUCACCACUCCUCUUGUCCAUCUUCACAACCAUCACAAAACACUCACGUUUUGUCACCUGUGCUGCUGCUGCAAUUGCAUUAAGAGGUAGAGAAAAUCGCCUGUCUGGGUUCGCUUACUACAUCAACUGCAUUCUGCAAUAUGGGGGUGCAAAGAAAGCAGUGUUUGAAAGGCUCAGCAAAUUUGCCAUUUCAACAACAUACAAAAAUGCUAUUGGAAAGCAGAAGGAAUUGGCAAACAAUUGUGGAUCUGGUCUUUGGUCAUUGAAGAGGCAAAACGAAGAAUUCCUGGCAAUGGAAGCUGGGUGUCAGCCUGUCAGUGAAGAGCAGGACGAAACCUCCAUAGAUGCCUGGACGGAGUCUGAGAUGAUACCCGGUGAUGUGUUCCGAAGUAUGGAAGACCUUCGAAUAUCAGGAGAAUUGGCUGAAAGCUGUGCCACAGACCAGGCCACAUCAGGGGAAGGGAUCACAUCUGAGCUGGCUGAAAACGUCACGGAGCAGGCAACAUCAGAUAAAGAGUUGAGGACCUCAUCAGAGUUGACUGAAGGAAGUGCCGUGGACCAGGGUUCUGGACAUGAUGUGAGGAUCACAUCUCAGUCGUUGGUGGAGAAGUGCUCGACUACACCACACACUUAUUCCAUCAUCUUUGAUAAUUUAGAUUUUUUCAUGCACACACACCACCAGUCCACCCUACACAGUAACAAGUCAAUUCAUUGGAUACACCACAUCGCUGUCCAGGACCGUGUCCCCAUUUAUCACCUGGCUAAUGACAAACCAAUUGGAAAUCUUCUGGACUAUGACCUGAAUUUGUCACUCCCUAGCCAGAAUGAACAAAUGCAGAUGCGAAGAGAGUUCAUUGUUUUCACCAGCCGAAUCCUGUCUAGCUAUCUGUCUGUAUUCAAGCCAUUCUCCAAUGUGGUUGUGCGACACAUACCGCAUCAGUAUUCAGCAGAAAUGGCGCAGCAUUCCACUGAUUACCCAUUAGGACUGCUUUUCAAAGAUGAAAACAAAUCUGCCGAUUUGGCAGAAGUACUUCAUCACUUUCAGAACACGUAUGUACCAAAACAGCCUGAUGGGAUUUCAACCAUUUUGGUUGGAGGCGACAGGCUUUCCGAAGCAAAUAGCAGAAACCUGCAGUGGGCCUAUGCCAAUGGUCUGAAUACGGAGGAGCGAUUGGAUGGCCUGGAAUUCAUGUUUGAGGACUGGCAUGCGAUUAGGAUGCUAUUUCAAAUCCACUACAAAGUGUUCUUCAGUGAGAAAUCUGCAAAGGACCAUGGGACUCUGUGCGCCAACAUGACAAAGUUGAGGUGCAGCAAUGCGAAACAGGGUCCCAAGGCUGCCUACAACGCAUACAAACAUUUUGUCAUCACAGACACUACUGCGCUGCUUCUGACGGCUGCCAUGGAGCACUUUGGCCUGAAGGAUAUCGAAGAAAUCCCGGAAUCGUUUGUUCCUGAGGACAUUGCAUCAGGAUCAACAGACACGAGGCGAACAUGGUUGCAUGCCAAAUCUGCUGAGGUGGUCGAUAAGUACAUCCUGCUUGGGGAUGCGGUUGAGGCCAUGACUGGUCUCGGCGAAGCAGAUGUGACAUCGACUCAGGCAACGCAGUACCCUUGUCAAGCGCCAGGCUGUCAGCAGCGUGACCUGGAACAGGUUUUGGAGCACUAG